UGCACCAAGACCCACUCAUACAUAACGGUGCAAGUGGAGUUUGGAGUGAGUGACAGAAAACACACACACAAAGAAAUAAAGAGAAAGAUGAAGGAUCGAAGCGGGAAAGGAGGAGCAGGUGGUCAGCCGUCGGUGAACGAGCGGUACACACAGUGGAAGUCUCUGGUCCCCAUUCUCUACGACUGGCUCGCUAACCACAACCUCCUUUGGCCCUCUCUUUCUUGCCGAUGGGGGCCUUUACUAGAGCAAGCUACUUACAAGAAUCGCCAACGACUCUAUCUUUCCGAACAGACUGAUGGGAGUGUUCCAAACACACUCGUAAUUGCAAAUUGUGAAAUUGUUAAACCAAGAGUUGCAGCUGCUGAACACAUUGCACAGUUCAAUGAAGAAGCACGAUCUCCAUUUGUGAAGAAGUUUAAAACCAUUAUCCAUCCUGGGGAGGUAAACCGCAUCCGGGAGCUUCCUCAGAAUAGCAAGAUAGUAGCCACACACACAGACAGUCCUGAUGUACUUAUCUGGGACGUUGAAGCUCAGCCCAAUCGCCAUGCUGUACUGGGAGCCACUGAGUCUCAUCCUGAUCUGAUCCUGACUGGUCACCAAGAAAAUGCAGAAUUUGCUCUAGCUAUGUGCCAAAGCGAGCCAUUUGUACUAUCUGGAGGCAAGGACAAGUCAGUUGUCUUGUGGAGUAUUCAGGAUCAUAUAUCGACUUUGGCAACAGAUUCUGGGGCAGGAUCUAAUGGUGGUAAAAGCCCAAAGUCAGGUGAUGAUAAACCUACCGAGAGUCCUAAAAUUCAAGCAAGAGGUGUCUUCCAAGGGCACCAGGACACUGUUGAGGAUGUGCAGUUCUGUCCUUCUAGUGCACAAGAAUUCUGUAGCGUUGGUGAUGAUUCGUGUCUUAUCCUAUGGGAUGCGAGAACCGGGUUUUCUCCAGUUGUCAAGGUUGAGAAAGCUCAUGACGCUGAUCUCCAUUGUGUUGAUUGGAACCCCAUUGAUGAAAAUUUUAUUUUGACAGGGUCGGCUGAUAAUACUGUUCGCUUGUUUGAUCGCCGAAGUCUCACUUCUAAUGGGGUUGGAUCACCUGUACAUGUAUUUACGAACCACAGCGCCGCUGUUCUUUGUGUGCAGUGGUCUCCUGACAAAUCGUCUAUCUUUGGAAGUUCGGCCGAGGAUGGUGUCUUGAACAUUUGGGAUCACAAUAAGAUUGGCGAACGUUCCGGUCCCGCCUCAAAAUUUGCUCCAGGGUUGUUGUUCCGUCAUUCUGGGCACAGAGAUAAGGUGGUUGAUUUUCACUGGAACUCACAUGAUCCAUGGACCAUUGUUAGUGUGUCUGACGAUGGUGAAAGCACUGGUGGGGGUGGAACACUACAGAUAUGGAGGAUGAUUGAUUUGAUUCAUAGGCCACAAGAUGAGGUCAUCAACGAGCUGGAAAACUUCAAAUCACACAUCCUGACUUGUUCAACCCCGUAGGAUAGAGCUGUUGAACUUCAUAAGCUUUGGCUUCGUUGAGUCGUUGGUGUUGCUGUAUUUUAAGUUUCUUUUUAGGGCAGGAUUUAAAACUUGUUAAUCUCUAUUUAUAUUAGACUUGUGUUGUAGAGAAAAAGAUUCUUUUGUUAACCUUUGCCUUAAGUGCAGUAAUGGAACCUUAAGUGUGUGAAA